AUGGAUUCGACUGCGUUCCUCUCGAACUCACCUCUCCCUAUUGCCUUCCUGACACCAGAGGAUACAGGAUACCCCCAAUUGUUUCCUAACACUGAUGAUGUCAGCCUACAUGAACCUGCUGUGGGCAAUCAUGACAUUCUUGUUUCCGGCAUGAACGUGUUUGAUGAUGUUGUUGGCAGCAAUAUGGCAAACAUCAAUGCUGACUUCCAGACGACUUCAACAACGGCCUCCUCCCCAAGACGGUACACACGAGAUUUGUCUGGCCUUGGAGAGGAGUUUUGCUCAACUAUCCCAACGCCUGUGCGAACACUCCUUGAAGAUCAUACCAUUUUCCAUUUCGCUAAAUCACAGAAAACCAAUGCAUGA